GCGCAGAGGCCUUCAAGAUGGCAGCGGCUACGGCUGCACGAGCGCUGCCCAGGGGCCCAGGGCUCCGCGGCCUGCCACGAAGUUUGCCUCUGGUGGUGAUUCUCGGGGCAACUGGCACUGGCAAAUCGACCCUGGCGUUGCAGCUAGGCCAGCGGCUCGGGGGCGAGAUCGUCAGCGCCGACUCCAUGCAGGUCUAUGAUGGCUUGGACAUCAUCACCAACAAGGUUUCUGCCCAAGAACAGAAGAUGUGCCAGCAUCACAUGAUUAGCUUUGUAGAUCCUCUCGUGACCAAUUACACGGUGGUGGACUUCAGGAACAGAGCAACAUCUCUGAUUGAAGAUAUAUUUUCCCGAAACAAAAUUCCUAUUGUCGUGGGAGGAACCAAUUACUACAUCGAGUCUCUGCUCUGGAAAGUUCUUGUCAGUACCAAGCCCCAGGAAAUGGGCAGUGAGAACACAGUGGACCGGAAACUAGAGCUUGAAAAGGAGGAUAGCCAUGAACUACAUAAGCGCCUAAGCCAGGUGGACCCAGAAAUGGCCGCCAAGCUGCACCCACAUGACAAGCGUAAAGUGGCCAGGAGCUUGCAAGUGUUUGAAGAAACAGGAAUCUCUCACAGUGAAUUUCUUCAUCGACAGCACACAGAAGAAGGUGGUGGUCCUCUUGGGGGCCCACUGAAGUUUCCUAACCCCUGUAUCCUCUGGCUCCAUGCUGACCAGACAGUUCUCGAUGAGCGCUUGGAUAAGAGAGUGGACGACAUGCUUGCUGCCGGCCUCUUGGAAGAACUAAGAGAUUUUCACAGGCGCUAUAACCAGAAGUUUGUUUCAGAAAAUAGCCAGGACUACCAACACGGUAUCUUCCAGUCGAUUGGCUUCAAGGAGUUCCACGAGUACCUGAUCACUGAGGGAAAGUGCACACCUGAGACAAGUAACCAGCUUCUAAAGAAAGGUGUUGAGGCUCUGAAACAAGUAACUAAGCGAUAUGCUCGGAAACAAAUCCGGUGGAUUAGAAACCGCUUUUUGAGCAGACCUGGUCCUAGUGUGCCUCCAGUAUAUGGCUUAGAGGUAUCUGACGUCUCCAAAUGGGAAGAGUCUGUUCUGGAACCUGCUCUUGAAAUUGUGCAAAGUUUCAUCCAGGGCCACACACCUGCUGCCACUCCAGUAAAGAUGCCAUACAAUGAAACUGAGAAUAAGAGGAGCUAUCACAUGUGCAACUUCUGUGAUCGGAUCAUCAUUGGGGACCGCGAAUGGGCAGCUCAUAUAAAAUCCAAAUCCCACUUGCAUCAAGUGAAGAAAAGAAGAUUGGAUGCACAAGCUGUCAACACGAGUGAAUGUCAAAGUGUUUCCCAAGACUGUAACAAAGAACUUAAAGAGGAGGGAUGUCCAAGGCAGAAUGGUCCAGAGCUGGUAUCCAGCUCCUGAGAGAUGCGCCCGGUAGCCGAGGCAAGGGGAAGCAGUGUGUCUGCCGUCGGGGGCUGAGAAGUGCUAUGCACUGAGGCUCCUACCAUUUUAUUUUGGUUGGUGUUGUGAAGUUUCGUGUUCUCUGAAACGGGAUCAGCAGGACUCGUGAGCUGCCUGUGUGGCUGGUGUGUCUGGCAGCGCUGUGGUUCCAGAAGGGAUUUUUUUCCUUUAAACCUUAAAGGUUUAAAAAGAGGCACAGAUUGCACAUUUUUAUACUUGCCGAUCUUUUAAAUGGUGAAUGCCAGGAUUCACUAUAUCCUUUAAAAGAAUUUUUUUUCCCCUGAUGCCAGCUAAAAAUACCUCAUUUCCAGAUGCUUUUUGUAGAUAACUGAAGUAUUGUGAGCUGCAAAUCAGGAGGUCUGGGUUUAAAUGAAUGGCAGGAAAGGACCAGCUCCAGCAAGGUGAUCAAGUGAACAGAGCCAGGUCUUGGAAUUGCAGGAAGGAAUCCGAAGUGGCUGGGACUUGGGACUUAAACCAGGAGGACUAAAAUUUCUUGAGCUGCUCUUAUGUGAUAAUUACUAUCACUGGUAUCUUUCUGUUGAUUUACAAAUACAUAUUCUUACACAAAGUGAAAGAAAAAAACCUGCAGGAGCCUUCUUGAGCCUUAAAAAGAUAGAAAUGUUAAUAGUCGGUCAAUGUACAGUAUGUUAUUAAAAUGAUAGUUUUUCAGGCAGCCUGACCUUCUUCAUAGAUAUCUUUAUUCCUGUAGUAGGUGUUUAUUGGGCAGUUAGUUCCUGGAAGGCUUCCAUCCAGACAAGCUCUUUUUCAAGAUUUGUUAUUUCUUAUUGAAGUGUCUUUUCUGGAAUGACCAGAACUGCUGGUACUUUUAAGUACAUAUCUAUUUAUAUAACAUGAGUUUGAGCAUUUCUGAAUGUGUAAUUCACAGCAUUGAUUAAAUUCACAAAACUGUAUAAGU